AAGGAUAAUCCAAUAUUAACCAUUACCUACACAUUAUUAGAUCACCGUCACAAGACAGGAAUAGGGUGACGUGAUUUUUUUUAAACAUGGUAAAGGUAAAUUGUAAUACCUGUUUUAGUCUAAUUGGGAAAGGGGAAAUAAGCUUGCAUACUUAAGUAUUAUAACCAUAUGUAGGUCUGCUAUACAUUUUUAUUAUGGUAUUAUUGUUCCUUCAACACAGUAGGUGGCGACAUUUUUAUUUGGUCGAUUUCACAUGGCACCGUAGAAAAAUAAUAUACCGGAAAGGGGUUUUGUUUGCGUGGAUCGUUUCCUCAGAAAUUUCAGUGCCGAACUGCCGGUGAACCGAACUUAACAGGAUAAAUGAAUUAAAGUAUUUCGUUCGGCCGAUAAAGGAACAGUAGUUCUCGUUCCAGUGUAUACAGGAUGUUGGUUUAAACAGUGUUUUGGGGAUCAACACUGCGUUACGAAAUGAUCCCAACGACACGCUUGCUAUAGCCAUGUCCUCAAAAGCCGCUGCAGGUAACUAACUAGCUAAUGUUAGCUAGACUAACGCGUUGCGAUAGAUGGACCAUAGCUUGCUAACUCGCUAGCUGGUUUUCAUUUUCUCUUGUCCUCACCAUCGUGUUUAACUUAGACAUAUUCGUUACAUUCCACGUCUCUACAGUAACAUUAGGAUAUGCUGUGUCAAUAGGCUUUUGUGUAGCUAGUUUGCAUAGCUAGUUUAACUUUUAAACCCAACUAGCCAACGUUAGCGUCUAGCCCACGACAUUUUCAACACGUAACGUUAGCUAGUUAGCCCUCUGCGAUACCCUACCAUCAAAUCAAGCUUUCCCCCAGUUUCGUUUUUUAUUAACUUGAGAAACUAGUUCUCUGGAAUACGAUGGCUUCUUCGUCGGGAAACGAUGACGACCUCACCAUUCCCAGGGCAGCCAUCAACAAAAUGAUCAAAGAAACUCUGCCCAACGUACGGGUUGCCAACGAUGCAAGAGAGCUUGUUGUGAACUGCUGCACAGAGUUCAUACAUCUAAUCUCAUCAGAGGCGAAUGAAAUAUGUAACAAGUCUGAAAAGAAGACCAUAUCACCUGAACAUGUCAUUAAUGCACUUGAAAGCUUGGGUUUUGCGUCGUACAUCACAGAGGUGAAGGAUGUCCUGCAGGAGUGUAAAACAGUAGCACUUAAAAGGAGGAAGGCCAACUCUCGCCUGGAAAACUUGGGCAUCCCAGAGGAAGAGCUCCUCAGACAACAGCAGGAACUAUUUGCUAAGGCACGGCAGCAGCAGGCCGAGCUGGCCCAGCAGGAGUGGCUCCAGAUGCAGCAAGCUGCCCAGCAGGCCCAGUUGGCUGCAGCAUCCGCCAGCGCUGGACAGCAGGCUGGCUCCUCCCAGGAUGAGGAUGAUGAGGAUGACAUGUGAUGACAUGUGAUUAUGAAGAUGAUCCCUGGGUCUGGGCUGCAACAUUUGGAACAGAUAAUAAAAACAAGAAUUUCUUAUUGGAUAACUACAGAUAGUAGGCUACCACCUGUUUCUGGCUGUUUUCAUCCGUUUCGUGCCUGCUGAACACGACCCAGGCCAUAUCCCUUGUCUUAGGACAGUGUCGGCAAGCAGCCCUCUCUUUCUCACUCCGAACACUCUCAUUGGCAGUGAUCUGAGCUGUGUUUGGACAUAGUCCCACCAGUCCAGUAUCAGGAGUUCACAUUAUGGACAGUUUCAAGGUACAUAGAUAUGGGGAAUUUUAUUAUAUAUAUGUUUUUAUUGUCAUAUACUAGGUAGACAUUUUUUCUUUUUUGACAGAAGUACCUGAAAACACAUUUGAAUAAAGAUACAUUUUCAAGCUUUCCUCCACUUAAAUGAACAAUUUUUUUGCCAAUUACAAAUCAAAUGUUACAUCUGGCAUGGAAUUGUAAUUUUCUGUGUGAUUUGUAGGUUAGAGAUCAAUGGAUGUAAGGUGGCAUGGAAAAUGGUGCAAAGGGUAUAUUGGGAGGGGGGGGGAUCAUGGUUUAUGUUGAGAAAAGAACAGGAGGACAGGUUAGGCGUAUUAUCUCUCCUACAAUAAUUUGUAUUUUUUGUGGGGGCGGUCAGGAGAACGGCUCCUCACUUGUCUUGCCAAAGGUGGGCGUUGCUUAUUCCUCCUACUGGCAUGUCUUUUUUGGUAAAUAAUUUUUACAGAACUUGUUCCUUACCCCCUCUUUGUAUGUUUGUUUAACAUGACGGAUAUGUCCCAAAUAGCACCACAUCCCAUAUAAACUGUCUGAUCAAUAAUUUGGGAUGUACCCAACAUAUUUCAGAAACACUUAGAAUGGUUGUGAAUAUGUUUUGAUUUGUAAAAUAGGAUUCAAAUGCUUUUUGUUUUAUUUUAGCUCGGUCACAGUGCUUUCGGAAAGUAUUCAGACCCCUUGACUUUUUCCACAUUUUGUUACAUUAGUCUUAUUUUAAAAAUGAUUAAAUCAUUUUUUCCCCCUCAAUCUAAACAAUGCCCCAUAAUGACAAAGCAAAAACUGUUUUUUAGAAGUUUUUGCUAAUAAAAUAUUUUUUAAAUUACAUUUACUCAGACCCUUUAAUCAGUACUUUGUUGAAGCACAUUUGGCAGCGAUUACAGAAUCAAGUCUUCUUGGGUAUGACGCUACAAGCUUGGCUCACCUGUAUUUGGGGAGUUUCUCCCAUUCUUCUCUGCAGAUCCUCUCAAGCUCUGUCAGGUUGGAUGUGGAGCUAUUUUCAGGUCUCUCCUGAGAUGUUAGAUCGGGUUCAAGUCCAGGCUCUGGCUGGGUCACUCAAGGACAUUCAGAGUCUUGUCCCGAAGCCACUUCUGCGUUGUCUUGGCUGUUUGCUUAGUGUUGUUAUCCUGUUGGAAGGUGAACCUUCGCCCCAGUCUGAGGUCCUGAAUGCUCUGGAGCAGGUUUUCAUCAAGGAUCUCUGUACUUUGGCUCUCAGUCCCUGCUGCUGAAAAACAUCUCCACACCAUGAUGCUGCCACCACCAUGCUUCACCAUAGGGAUGGUGCCAGGUUUCCACCAGAUGUGAUGUUUGGCAUUCAGGUCAAAGAGUUCAAUUUUGGUUUCAUCAGACCAGAGAAUUUUGUUUCUCAUGGUCUGAGAGUCUUUAGGUGCCUUUUGGCAAAUUCCAAACGGGCUGUGCUGUCAUGUGGCCACUCUACCUAAAGGCUUGAUUGGUGGAGUGCUACGGAGAUAGUUGUACAUCUGGAAGGUUCUUCCAUCUCCACAGAGGAACUCUAGAGCUCUGUCAGAGUGACCAUCAGGUUCUUGGUCACCUCCCUGACCAAGGCCCUUCUUCCCCGAUUGCUCAGUUUCGCAGGUUGGCUAGCUUUAGGAAGAGUCUUGGUGGUUCAAAACAUCUUCCAUUUAAGAAUGAUGGACUGCACUUUGUUCUUAGCGACCUUAAAUGCUGCAGACAUUUUUUGGUAUGGUUUUCCAGAUCUGUGCCCUGACACAAUCCUGUCUCGGAGCUCAAUGGACAAUUCCUUCGACCUCAUGGCUUGGUUUUUGCUCUGAUAUGCACUGUCAACUGUGGAACCUUAUAUAGACAGGUGCGUGCCUUUUCAAAUCAUAUCCAAUCAACUGAAUUUACCACAGGUGGACUCCAAAAGUUCUAGAAACAUCUCAAGGAUGAUCAAUCGAAACAGGAUGCACCUGAGCUCAAUUUUGAGUCUCAUAGCAAAGGGUCUGAAUACUUGUGAAAAUAAGGUAUUUCUGUUUUCUAAUCAGUUUUAGAAUAUGGCUGUAAGGUAACAAAAUGUGAAAAGUCAAGGGGUCUGAAUACAUUCUGAAGGCAUUGUACAUGGUGUAAGUAGGUUGAUUCUUUUUUUUUAGGAUGUUCACCUACAGUAUUGCUAACUGAUUAGCUACUCCUUUCAGAAUAUUUUUUGACUGACUCAUAUAACCAAAGAUAUAGGGUGUGUCCUAAAUGGCACCCUAUUCUGUAUAUUCUGCAAUACCUUUGACCAGAAAACAAUUGGUCUUGGUCAAAAGUAGAGCACUACAUAGUGAAUAGGGUGCAAUUUGGGUCACAACCACAGGAGAGCUUAACAACCCAAGUAUAUGAGCCCAAAGUGUAUGUUCCAUGUGUAGUAUAAAGAGACGUGGGUGCAGUGUGCACUCAAGUUACUGUUCUCAAUGACUGAUGGUAACUUUCACCUUGAAAAAAUGCUUCGAUUUCUUCUUGGCUUUUUAUAUUCUGCAUCCCAAAUGGCACCCUAUUUCCUUUAUGCCUCACUACUUUGGCUCUUGUCAAUAGUAGUGCACUAUUUUGGGAAUGGGGUGCACAUUUGUUUUUCUGUGGUGCAGUAUGAUAAAGUUGCAUUAUGAAUGUGUGGUGAAUUCUAUAAAGAUGGGUAACCUCUCAUUGUGUUACCCAUUCACAUGCCUUUUAUAAAGUUGUAUUCUUUAAGCAAUAAAGUUAACAUCUUUUAUAGUGA